AUGCUGGGCCUCGAGGUUCCAGGGGAAUUCCUACGGCAUGCCGUUCUAGACACGGUUGUGCCUAAUGCUUCUGACAUCGACUUAGAGGCUGCGCUGACGUCUGCCCUGGAGGCAGGCGCAGAUGAUCUGACAGAUGUCCUAUCAUAUAUUCCCCAGCGCUCUGUUGUAUUCUUUGAUGAAUUCUGCAACGCUCGUAUCGUCCUGAGAUUGUCCAAUUGCUCGGAAGAAAGUCUAAGGCAACACUUGCAACAUCUCGAAGUCCGGCUCGAUACCUUUGCGAUUGAUCCUGCCGAAUCUGUUGCGGAGAACCCGACACCGACAAGGGACUUGAUCUUCUCGGGGGCCGUGAGUGGGAAGGACGAAGACCCUUUGGUGGUUUAUAAUGAGUUUGAGGGGGAGAACGGGCGUGGAAAUCACGUCUAUGUGAUUUGGAAUGUUCCGGCAUUUCUCAAGCGCCCUCGCAUUCGCAUCCAACAUCCGUCGCUUCUUUUCAUCGCAUCUGCUAGCCUGAACCCGACAGAGAGUCGACAACGUGAAUCCCGGGACGAUGACUAUCUUCCAUCUCUAGUUCCUGCGUCGACCAAUAUCCUGCAGCCCUUAUCAACGGAUAAGAACCGCCGUACGGACCCAUUCCUUCCUGCGUCGAGACUCUUACGAGUUGUGCCGGCAACUUACAGCGAGGACCCGAUUUAUAAUGUUCAGCAACAAUCUGGGCACCCGAUUCGCGUUGUACCCGCGGCAGGUGCAAGGAUACGUUAUUCGCGACUGAACUCAUACUCUGGUCGGCCCACCACGGUUGCAAGCCUCGAUUUCGAAGUGACUCCAUUCAUAAACUGCGAUGUCACGUUUGACAAGGCAGAAUUGAGCCUUUCCGAUGGGACGAUCGAAACCCUGUCCGAUGUCCCGGGACUCAAACCACCUAUAAGAUGCCGUCCGAGAGACGACGUUACCCUGAUGUACAAAUUAACCCCCGAAUACGGACCCGAUCCUAAUCCCUCGACGACCGUAAUGGUCAGCACCUUAGACAUAUCCCUAGAAGCAGUAAUCAACCUGGCAGAGAAUUGCCAACCACGCAUCGCCAUGAGAUGGAGGACAAACGUGGAUUUCUCCAUGGCGCUCAACCCAACAUUUGGUGGACCAAGUCAAGCCUUGCAGCGAAGCAACCGCCCAACAAGUCUCCCUAUGACACCAAACCAAAACAGUGGGAAUCCUCCCUCCAACCGGAGCUCUUUCAGGGAACGUGCCUACUCCGUGACAGAUGUGGGUGUGACCAUUUCAUUCUCUGGUCCUGCCAGUGUGGAGGUUGGCAGGCCGUUUUCUUGGGGAGUCUUUGUUGUGAAUCGCUCGACCGUCCCUCGGAAGUUCGCUAUGGUGGCCAUUCCGCGAAGGAAGCGGACAGAUCCACGAGGGCACGUUGCUCGGCCAUCGUCUUCGUCUAUGUCGAAUCGCAGCAAAGAAAACCAGGUGGCGGAAGCAGUGACGGAUGAUAACAUUGUCCAUGCGAUGCAGAAAAGCGCAUCUGGACAGGAAGCUGAGUUGGUUUGUUUGAGCACCGAUGUUCGAGUUGGGCCACUUCUGCCCGGCACAUGCCAUUCAGCGGAACUGAAGUUGCUUCCCUUGUCUGUGGGCUCACUCCAUCUGGAGGCUGUACGUCUGGUUGAUGUUAAUACGAACGAGACGACCGAUAUCAGGGAUCUUCCGGACAUUGUAGCCACCGACUGGAAGGGGCCUUCGUAG